CGUGUAGGGCGGGAUAUUGUGAGAUUUAUGGGUGGAACUAUACUUUUGGGACGCAGUGUAUUACUAGUUCCAUUCAAUCAACCAAGUAUUGCAGGUAAUCUGCUGCUCUGCUCGCUUCUUCUGGGUAAUGUUAUCGUGAAUGCUGCGAUUUCAAUUCUAUUCGGUGAGCUGACCACAGGACUUCUGGCUCUUUUUAUCUCAUCACUUGGUAUUGUCAUCUUCGGCGAGAUCGUUCCACAAAGUAUAUGUGUCAAGAAAGGUCUUGCUGUUGGUGCUCAUACAAUAUUAAUAACACAAGUGUUCAUAUUCAUAACCUAUCCGGUAGCAUAUCCAGUCAGCAAGCUUCUCGACUGUCUUCUUGGCGAUGAAUAUCAAGCAUACGAUCGGAAGCGCCUGAUGGAGUUGAUACGUAUGUCGAUCAAAAACGACAACGGGCAAUUAUCGAACGAGCUUAAAAUUGCCGUUGGCGCUAUGGAGAUAGCUGACAAGGUGGCAGAAGACGUCAUGACGAGGCUAGCUGAUGUGUUCAUGAUACCCGACACCACCGUUUUGAAUACCAAGACAGUCGCCGAGAUCGUCCGAAUGGGAUAUACACGAAUCCCGAUCUAUUCUGAUGGUGAUAAGAAUAACGUCACUGAUAUCCUGUUUGUUAAGGACCUGGCUUUGCUGGAUCCGGACGAUAACUUCACGGUUAAAACGGUCUGUGGCUAUCACCGUCAUCCAGUAAAAUUUGUCUUCAACGACACUCCAUUAAGCAUACUUCUGGAGGCGUUCAAGAAGACCGGAUAUUUCAAGGGUGAAGGCCAUUUGGCGAUGGUGAAGAAGCUUGUCGGCACUGAAGAUCACGAUCCAUCGUAUGAACUGGUGGGCGUGGUCACUCUAGAGGACAUCGUUGAAGAGAUAUUACAGGCCGAAAUAAACGACGAGUUCGAUGUUGUCUCGGACAAUGUCAAUAAGAUCAAACGGAAAAACCUCCACCAACGUGAUAUAUCCAAAAUGUACGACAAGGAGGCGCCUCAAAUACAAAUUUCACUUCAAAUUCAAAUGGUCGCACUUCAAUGGCUUGUUGCCAAUCAAGAAGCAUUUUCAACAAAGCACAUCGACAAAAAUGUUUUGGAACGACUCAUUCGCAACAGCGCCAGGAGGCAACGUGAUAUAUCCAAAAUGUACGACAAGGAGGCGCCUCAAAUACAAAUUUCACUUCAAAUUCAAAUGGUCGCACUUCAAUGGCUUGUUGCCAAUCAAGAAGCAUUUUCAACAAAGCACAUCGACAAAAAUGUUUUGGAACGACUCAUUCGCAACAGCGCCAGGAGGACGACGAAAUUUUCACUCCAGGUCGACAUUUCUGCUUUGAUGGCGAUGUCCAACAGUGCAGUGAAUGUACCAAAAGUCGCGAAACUCUACACAAAAGAUGAGAUGAGCGAUCGAUUUAUACUGAUUCUGGAGGGACGCGUACAAGUGACCAUCGGUCAGAGCGGCAUGAUGUUCGAAGCCGGUCCAUGGCAUUGUUUUGGCAGUGAAAUAUUGAAGAAACUUAUUCAAGGAGCUGCAACUUUGAGUCGAAGUACUUCAAUUGUUGAUACCACCGACUUGUCUUGCCGUCGUCCAGAUCUGAUGUUUAAGCCGGACUUUUCGGUGGUUGUCAAGGAGGACUGCACGUACUUGGACGUGAAUGUCGCCGCUUAUAUCAACGCCUACAAGUCGACGCUAAUGCAACGAGAAAGAGGCCGUGAUGACAUCUCUUACGAUGGCCAGUGCUCUUCACGAUCACCAUCACCAACGAGGCGGAAAGAAACGCUUCCAUCUCGGAAGGAGUCUGCCCCAAUUCUUGACCCAUCGGCACUUCUGGUGCCAGCCAGUGCAAGAUCGUCUUUGAUAGAGGCGAAGGAAGCCGUGAAACAGCUGAACGCUAGAGGAAACGGUAUCGGGCACGAAAAUGAGGAGGAAAUGAGUUUGUUACCUAUUACGGAUCAUGCGGAUACUGUAUAG